AUGACAAGUAUAGCAAAAAGAUUGAUAAGAAAAUCUAAACCACAAUUGCCAAUUUACAAAGAUGCUAAAGGUCACAAAACUCUUUUAGAAUUAAUUAAUGUUUAUCCAGAUUAUGGAGUUGGCCUAAACGUGAUUCCGAUCAGAUUGAUACAAAAAGGAAACUUAAAUACUUAUUUUAAAAUUACAAGGGUCAAAUUAAAGGAUAUCUCGCAUGGUUCUGUAAAUGGUAUAAAAUAUUGGAAAGGUAAAAAAGAAAAAGAAGAAGGAAUUCCUUGGAGAUAUAGUAACAAUUGGUACAUAUGGCCUUAUCAGGUAUCUCAAUUAAGAGAUCUUGAUGUUGACAGUUUAAAUCAUGAAAAAAGUAGAUUGGAAAAUUCAAUAUUUCACUUGACAAGAUCAAUUAACGAAUUAGAAUCUUUUAUUAAUGAUCAAAAUUCCAGUGAUAAUAAUUUUGAAUUUGAAUUGGCUAUUAAAGAAAACGAAGAAGUUAUCACAAAUCAAGAUCAAGGAAUGGAUACAGGUGAAGAAGAUGGUGUUUAUUUGUAA